AUGUUCACAAUACGAUGUGUGAGGCUACGGCCUCUGUGGUUCACAUUCCAUGCCUCAAGACCUCCCGCAAAACAAUAUCAUUUCUCGGCUCCCCACACUGCCGCCAGGGCACCUUCGACCUGGAAAGCAAUGAGCGAUCGCAGGAGAGAAUCUCGAUAUCAGUCGGCUUUUGGCUCUAUCCGCUUGAGUUCAGAUGAAGCGGAAGCAUUGGUUGCUAAUAUCCCUCGUCCUUUAUUCGAAUCCGCCCUCUCAAGCAUCUUACUGGGAUCCUCUAUAGAUGCGGCUGUAAGUCUGGCUGGAACGCUCAUAAGACUCGCAGUAACGUGUAAUACAAUGCAUGGGAGUGAUAUAUUUGAUCAAAGUAGAGAUGGGGGCAUGUUAUCUAGACUUGCUUUUAUCCUUUCGCGACAUCCAGAUUACCGAGCCGUAGCAAAUUGGUUGUUAUAUAGACUAGCAGAGUCUAAGGAGCCAUUCGCCGUUAUCUACAUUAUUAACCAGCAAUUCACGUCGGGCGCCCCUCUGAAAAGAACCAUUUUGAUCGCCUACCUGGAAGAAUUUGCGCAAAGACAUCUUCUUGAUGCAAUGGUGCUCUACGGACGCAUUUUACAUGAGCGAUAUCGUCGCACGGAGGAGGCGCUUACUCUUUGGGAAAAAGCUAUGGAGAUCUCAAUACCACAUCAGACACAUGCCGGCGAAACUGAUGAAGACCCAUACAGUGUCCUUGGUAUUCCUCAAGCCUGGGAGAUGUAUGCAGCUGUGAAAAGUUCUCAAGGAGAUAGCGAAGGUAGUCGGGCGGCCGUGGAAGCAGGAGCGUUCCUACUCGACCAUCCUGUCGCCUUCCAGUAUCUUGCAAAGAUUGUUGGUAACGAGGGCCAACUGGAUAAAUAUGAAGAAUAUAUGACAAAAGCCGCUAUGGACUGCAACGCUGAAGCGUGUCAUGACCUAGGAAGUUUUUACCUGGAGUUGCACUAUUCUGGGAAAGGUCGGGAUAAGUCAUUUACAUCGUCAAGGGGCCAGGAUGCCUCGCCUAAAAAUCUGGUUUCGGCACAAUACACGAACAGCGAACUUCGCCAAAAAGCCAUUGAUUGGUUCGAAAUUGCUAGUACGGGUGGCUGGGGUCCAUCUGCACUUAUCAUGGCCUGUCUCUUACGUGAGGAAGGAAACGCUCACAAAGGAUUACGGUAUUUAAAGAUUGCAGAAGAUGACGAAAAGUCCGCGUCCAAGGCGAAAGAUAUACGACAUAUCUAUUUGGGGAAGUCUUUCGAAUUGAACAUUGAACGAGAACGAGAGAUCUUCAUGAAGCAGUUUGCACAGUUUGAUUGA